AGCAGGUGGUCUUGUAGCUGCACUACAUCAUCAACACGGCAUCCAACGUAAUGCGAUCAUCGGCGGUUGUUCUGCUGGCGGCCGCCCUCGCCAGCCUCGCGGUGGCGCAAGACACGCGGCCAGACUGGCAGCCUCGCUUCCUCGGCCAGACCAACCUCAGGCAUGCAGCCUUCAUGGAGCUGUACUUCAGUGAAGACGAUUCCCUUGAAUAUGAAGAUAGAUGGACGCUCUACAUUUCCAGAUUUGACCCAGCCACAGUAGGCCAGUACGAUGAGAAGUACUACAUGAGGUCGCCUGGUCGGUUCCUGGACACGGUGGCAGACUGGGGCCGCAACAACAUCGAGGUGCUCGACGUCUCUGCGUACUGGCCUAACAACCCCGACUACCUGCCCAGCUCGGUAGCGGGGGCAGAGGGCAUCGUUUGGACCUCCGGUUUUCUGGUGACAGGCAAGACCGACGGGCAGCUGCAGCUUUACGACACGACGAAGGAACCUCCGCUGGGACCUUACAACAUCGCCAGCAGCGACACCGAAGACUGGUCGUAUCACCGUUGCCUAUGGAAAGACAUGGACAACGACGGAGAUCUUGAUGCCCUCACUGCACGCUUCCAUCUUCCUCUUGUUGGCCAAGUGCUGCACGAUGUCAUGUACUACGAGAACACGGGCACGGGCUUUAGCGAGGGGUGGCCGGAACACGUCAUUUCAAGCGCGGGUGGUGACGUACAUUUCGCCCCCGUCACGCUCAGCGCUGGAGGCCGCGACUACGACUGCAUCGUCUUGGGAGAGUUCUUCGAGCAGCGACUAAGCAUCUUGUGGACUGACAGUCCCGACAACGACUGGACCGACCCAUCAAUGAUCAACUACAGAGUCAUUAACCCGACCGCCGGGCAAACCUUCGAUGUUCUCAUCGACGACUUCAACAGAGAUGGCACUCUGGAAAUCAUGUCGACUGAGUACAAAACCGACGUGGGACUGGGACAAGUUACCGUUUACUUCUUCCCCGCCGACUUCAGAACUGAUGACUUCGCGAGCGUGGUCGUUGCAGACAACUUCAUACCUAACCCAAUAGUAGGUGGACAGAGCAUGUCGCCAGGUACGCCCAAAACUUACUACCCCAGCGCUGCCUAUGCCAACGAACUUGAAACUGAUGGCUUACCGCACAAGCCAUGGAUCCUGCUGUCGGGAGACGACGACGGUCGCAUGUACAUUCUUUAUCCUGACACCGAGGUCCGCGAUGACUGGACCUACCGCAAGAACAUCCUCGUCGACACCCUGGACACCACAGUGGGCAAAAUGGCGCAUGGCGACAUCGAUAACGACGGAUACGAGGAGAUUAUCGUUGCAGGCUACAGCGCUGGCCAGCUAUACGUGUACACGUAUGCUCCUUGAUGAGUACAAGUACAUAUGCGUUCUC